AUGACUGAUUAUGUUCGUUAUAUCUUGGUUGGGCUUCGUAAGAUUGUCUUUCCUACAUUGACGAUCGUUCCCACAGCGCCGCAGAUCUUGCAGGAGUUUAAUCCACACAGCAAAAUUGACCAGACCUUGCUCGUCACGAUCUGGGAGCUUGGAGAAGGAAUCGGUCCAAUUUUCAUUGCGCCGCUUUCCGAGAAGUUCGGCCGGCUUCCCGUCUUCCAUAUCGGAAAUAUCCUCGCGCUCUGUUGCUUGGUCGCCAGCGCGAUGAGCGUCAAUAUGUCUAUGCUGAUCGCCUUCUGGUUCUUGACGGGUUGCUGCCUGUCCAUUCUCACUCUCGGGCCCGCCAUCGUCGGCGAUCUGUUCCAUGUGGAACAGACCGGCCGGUCCAUGGCAUUAGUAAUGGGAACUCAGAUGAUUGCACAUUUCAUUUCCCCUGUUGACGGAGCUCACAUCGCCCAGAGCCUGGGUUGA